UCUCUUCCAAAGGAAUCAACUUUUUUUGUGUGUGUUUUAAAUUCAAUGUUUGAGAUUUUUUUUCUUGGUUUUGGGAUUUCUCUUAGCUUGGGUUUUUUUUUUUUUUAUGUUAAUGUAAAAUUUUGGGUGCAUUUUCAGGUUUAGGAAGAACAUAAAUUCUCUUCUUGAUUCAUGUAUGGUGUUUUGAGUUUUCAAAUGCCCUUUUUUUUUGUGUUAUUUUAGCUUAUUGACAUUGUUGAUCAAGAAAAAUUGAAGCUUGUUUUGGUUGAUUUUAUUGGUUCAUCAAAAAAAGGAAAUUCUUUUUACAAUAAGAUUUCAUGCAUGUUGUUUUACACUUCUCAAACCUCAAUUUACCACUAACAUGUUUUUUCCCCUUAAAACUUUUUUUUUUCAGUUCUGGUUUGUCAAAUUAUUGUAGUUUGAAUUUAAACCCUAGAUGAAGGCAUUUGGUGCAUUCAUCUAUUGUUGGAUAUCAAUUUAAUCUUGGUAAAAGUAGACUAAGAUCCUUUCCAUAAUGAGAGUUCCUUUGAAAAGUGGUAAUGUUAGGAUACCAAAUGAGACAAUGAGGUUGAUUAUAACAACAUUUGGUGGAGUUAUUUUUGGCUUCUUUUUAGGAAUAAUAUCUCCAAAGCUUUCUUCAACUAAGAUCAAUCUUACAUACAUUGAGAGCAAAUAUCCUGGUCUUUCGACUCAAGCACUAUUCGAUGCUUUGAACCCUCUCAAGGCUAAUAAGGUCGGGUCUAACAAAGCCAAAGGAGCAAAGAUAUGGACUCCAACAAAUCCAAAGGGUGCUGAAACACUCCCCCCUGGUAUACUUUCGUCUAGGUCUGAUAUAUAUCCUCGACGAUUAUGGGGUCAUCCGGAUGAGGACUUAACCAUCAAACCAAAGUAUCUUGUAGCGUUCACCGUUGGUUAUAAUCAGAAACACAACAUAGAUGCAGCUGUGAAAAAGUUCUCAAACAACUUCACAAUUGUAUUGUUCCAUUAUGAUGGAGUGACCAGUGAAUGGGAUGAAUUUGAGUGGUCAAAGAGAGCUAUUCACGUGAGUGCUCCAAAGCAGAGUAAAUGGUGGUUUGCGAAGCGCUUUUUGCACCCCGACAUUGUUGCACCGUAUGAUUACAUCUUUAUAUGGGAUGAAGAUCUCGGUGUGGAGCACUUUAAUGCAGAGGAAUACAUCAAAAUUGUGAGGAAACAUGGUUUAGAGAUAUCCCAACCGGGGUUAGAUCCAGAUAGUAUUGGGUUGACAUGGGCAAUGACAAUGAAGAGAAACGACACUGAAAUUCACACGAGAACUCAAGAGAGAACUGGUUGGUGUACCGAUUUGCAUUUGCCUCCAUGUGCAGCAUUUGUUGAGAUCAUGGCUACCGUGUUCUCUCGGAAUGCAUGGCGAUGUGUUUGGCACAUGAUUCAGAAUGAUUUGGUUCACGGAUGGGGUCUCGAUUUUUAUCUUAGAAGAUGUGUCGAGACUCCACAUGAGAAAAUAGGUGUUGUAGACGUUCAAUGGAUUGUACAUCAAGGUAUUCCUUCUCUACGGAACCAGACAUUUUCCAUGGGUCAAGAAGACAUUGGACUGGCACCAUGGAAAGGGGUUAGGGAAAGGUGCAAGAAAGAAUGGAGCAUGUUCCAAAAUAGGAUGACUGAUGCAGAGAAAGCAUACUAUGAAUCAAUGGGGAUUAGUACUACCGAUAUCACUUAUGGGAUGGACCCUUCUGAUUUUAGGAGAUAGACAUAAAUUCUAGUCUAAUGUGUAAUUCUAUAAAUGUAUUUUGAUUUUGUGCAAUUUUAUACGUGAAAUUUUAAUUUGAUUCAAUUCUCAUAAAUUAUUAAUACAAUUAUUGAUAUAGCAUAAUUUUAUGUUAU